CAGAUACUUCCGACCUCUUCCUCAUAGUCCAUCGCCAUGGCGCAUGCUCUAUUCUCCUUUCCCACCCACUUCCUCGCUUCGCCACGAGCCCAUGCCGCAUCGAGGCCCUCAUUCGUCGCCUCUGCCGGAGCUGCAGCAGCAGCAGCCUCCCCGGCGUCACUCUACGAGGUCCUCGGCGUCCCCGCUAACGCCACAAACUGCGAGAUCAAGGCUUCGUACCGGCGGCUGGCGCUCGAGUGCCACCCUGACGUCGGCGCACCCGCCGAAGAGUUCUUGCGCCUCCACGCCGCCUACGCUACGCUCGCCGAUCCUGAUAAGCGCGCCGACUACGACCGGCAGCGGAUGGCGCCGGAUCAACAUCUCCUGCGGAGGAGGUAUACGUACGAAAGCACGAGCUCGUCGAUGUCGCGGGGAAGCUGCCGGCGGACGUGGGAGACGGACCAGUGUUGGUAGGGGGCCGGGCGAGCUGAACCGUCGGAUCAGAUGGGAUUCGCGAUUCCUUAUUAGAGUAAAUAAUUUUAAAUAUUAUAAAAGAAGAAAAAAGAAGUCUCCACGCCUUUUAUUGGGUUGUACUUCUUCGGGAUGCGUGUUUAUUAGAGCAUCUAGCUUUUUUAAAAUAGAUGGGUUAUUUUAAUGGUCUCUCUAAUAUAGAUUUUGUAAAUAGAGAAAAAGAUAAAUAU